AUGGGCCCCCGUACCGCCUCCUCAUGCUGCUGCCAGGCCCGUAAUCUGCCAUGGGCCCCCGUACCGACUCCUCAUGCUGCUGCCAGGCCCGUAAUCUGUCAUGGGCCCCUGUACCGCCUCCUCAUGCUGCUGCCAGGUCCAGAGUGUCUCAUGGGUCCCUGUACGGCCUCCCAUUGCUGCUGUCUCCAUCGCCACACUCUGCCAUGUGCCACUUUCAGGUCUCCUCACACUGCUGGUGGGUUCCAUUUUGUCAUAGGGUGCUGUAUGGCCUCCCAUUGCUGCUGCCUCCACCGCCACACUGUGGCUCCACACUCUGGUUUUGGCCCCGUGACUGCCCAAAUGAGUGAAGUGUGCGGUGAUUCUAAGAUCGACGGCACUCAUCUGCAUGUCAUACUGACUGUCAGUAUUAUUUCUCUUCCCCAGCAGACUCCAAGGGCAUUUAAAUUAAAGGUACAGUGUUCUGCACUAAUAUAA